UAUUGGUCUGAAGAAAUGUUCAUGUUUCAGACAGCCAAAGCAGACAUUUUGGUAGUAGCCAUUGGCCGACCUGAAAUGGUGAAAGGUGACUGGAUAAAACCGGGUGCUGUUGUUAUUGAUUGCGGAAUAAAUGAGUUACCAGAUAAAACUAAGAAAUCUGGUCAGAAGCUAGUUGGAGAUGUUGCUUUUGAGGAGGCGAAGAAGAUAGCAUCAUACAUCACUCCAGUGCCUGGAGGUGUGGGUCCAAUGACUGUGGCUAUGUUGAUGAAGAACACUGUGAAAUCAGCUCAGAGGGCAGCUGCAAGGCUCAAAAGUGUUUCUUGGAACUUGAGAAUAUUACCACUUCAACUGGAAUCACCAGUUCCUAGAGAUAUUGAAAUUGCCAGAGGACAGGAGCCAAAGGAUAUAAGUCAGCUGGCAGCAGAAAUUGGCUUGUAUCCCAGUGAAGUGUUUCAGUAUGGGCACAAGAAAGCCAAGAUUGACCUCUCGGUACUGAGACGACUUAAAUAUCAUAAGUCUGGAAAAUAUGUAGUUGUUGCAGGAAUCACUCCCACACCACUUGGGGAGGGCAAAAGUACAACAACUCUUGGUCUUGUACAGGCUCUUAGUGCACACAAGAAGAAGAAUUCCUUUGCAUGUGUGAGGCAACCGUCUCAGGGUCCUACAUUUGGGAUUAAAGGUGGUGCUGCUGGUGGAGGGUAUUCACAGGUAAUUCCUAUGGAGGAGUUCAAUCUUCACUUGACAGGGGACAUCCAUGCUGUAACAGCAGCCAACAAUCUCUUGGCAGCUCAGCUUGAUGCUAGAAUUUUCCAUGAAAAAACUCAGAACGAUAAAUCUCUUUAUGACAGACUUGUGCCUGAUGAAGAAGGAGAGAGAAGUUUCUCCAAAAUUCAGUUGAAGAGGUUGGAAAAACUUGGCAUUAGUAAGACUGAUCCUGAUUCUCUUACUCCAGAAGAACAGAGAGCUUUUGCAAGACUUAAUAUUGAUGUGAACACCAUUACCUGGAAGCGUGUGGUUGAUACAAAUGAUAGAUUUCUAAGAAAAAUAACCAUUGGCCAGUCUCCAACUGAGAAAGGUUACUCCAGAGAAAGUGGAUUUGUGGUGUCUGUGGCAAGUGAAAUCAUGGCAAUUCUUGCUCUUUCCAAAAGUAUGCAAGACAUGAAGGAGCGUUUGAGUAGGAUUGUUGUGGCUGAAGAUAUUGAGGGCAGGCCUGUUACAGCAGAUGAUUUGGGUGCAACAGGUGCUAUGUCAAUCCUGCUUAAGGAUGCCAUCCAACCAACACUCAUGCAGAGCCUGGAAGGAACUCCUGUCUUGGUCCAUGCUGGCCCAUUUGCUAAUAUUGCACAUGGCUGUUCUUCUGUUAUAGCAGAUGAUGUUGCACUCAAACUUGUUGGACCAGGUGGCUAUGUUGUGACUGAGGCUGGGUUUGGCUCUGACAUAGGAAUGGAGAAGUUCUUCAACAUAAAGUGUCGAUAUUCAGGAGCAAUACCUAAUGCUGUAGUAUUAGUAACUUCAGUAAGAGCUCUGAAGAUGCAUGGUGGAGGACCCACUGUAACUCCAGGCAUUCCACUAAAGAAGGAGUAUUUGGAGGAAAACCUUGAAUUACUUGAAAAAGGAUUACCAAACCUCCAGAAACACAUCAGCAAUGGCGCAAAGUUUGGAAUCCCAGUUGUUGUCGCCAUCAAUGCAUUCCAGACUGACUCACAGGCUGAGUGGAAGUUGUUGGAGAAGACAAGCUUGGAAAAUGGAGCUUUCUGUGCUGUUAUCUGCAAGCACUGGGCUGAAGGUGGAGCUGGCGCCUUAGAAUUAGCUGACGCUGUUAUUGAAGCAUGCAACAAACCUACAGAAUUCAGAUUUUUGUAUGAUCUCGAUCUUCCUUUGGAGGACAAGAUAAGGAAGAUAGCACAAGAAAUGUAUGGUGCUGGUGACAUUGAGCUUUCGCCUGAUGUACGGAAACUGCUUGAAAACUACAAUAAACAGGGCUAUAACAGGUUACCAGUUUGUAUGGCAAAAACACCUCUGUCUCUCACUGGAGAUCCUGCAGUGAAAGGAGCACCCACAGGUUACAUGCUGCCAGUUAAGGAUGUAAUUGUUUCAGCUGGAGCUGGUUUUGUGGUUCCAAUUGUAGGAGAGAUUUCCAUGAUGCCUGGCCUUGGGACAAGACCAAAUAUGUAUGACAUGGAUAUUGAUGCAGAUACUGGUGAAAUUGAUGGCCUUUUCUAAUGAUAUACUGCUAGACUUUUAUGAAUCUCUGUGGAGAGAAUCUCUCAGUAUAUUUGAAAUAAUCACAUGCACUUUUACUGAAGUAUAAUUAAGUGCAGCAUCAGUAAUCAUAAGUAAAGAAAGUUCCUUGCUAUAGAUUCUGUUCUGAUAUUGCUCACCUGAAAUCUGAUGCCAUUUGUAUGUUUUAUUGUCCAUGUUAGGAUAAGAAUAGAUUAAACAAGAAAUUAGGUCCAUGCUAGGAGUCUGGAUCCUCAUGUGUACAGGAAGUUAUUACUAGCAGUGACAUCUCUGUAUAACAUAAAGGAGGAUAUGAUAGAAAUGUUGAUUAUAGUGGUGUAAUUGCAUGAGCAGAAGAGGUGUUAAUUCUACAGUAGCAUUAAUUUAACAUGUUUCACUCCAGGCUUUUGUGUGUUUGAGAACUUAACCAAAAUGAUUUUCAUUUUCAAAACAUGCAGUAUACUCUGAGAUUAUUUUGGGAUGCCAGAAUAGCUCAGUCAUUGUACUGAAUAGGCUACAGUCUGGAUUAUAUUUUGUGUGUCCUGUUGUGUAAUGCAAUUGAGGUAUUAUGGUGACUGUCGACACAAGAACUAAUUAAUACGAGGUGUAUCAGAAAGUUCCCGGACUGGAUCAAAAAAGAAAUGCUGGCUUAACUUAACUCAGUUUUGGCUGCACAUCUUCAAAAAAGCAUCCUUGGGAAUAUGUACGGCAUCCCAUCGGUUUUUCUAUGCUUCAGAAGCACCAUGGAAGUCAUUUUCCUCAAUGCUGUCGAGUACCACUUACGAUUCCCUUUGGAUGUCAGACACUGUUUCAAAGCAUUGUCCCUUCUGUUUCAUUUUCAAUUUGGGAAACAAAGUGAAAUCACAGGGGGCUAAGUCCACCUAGUAGGGAGGAUGAAAACGAUAACCAUGUUGUUGUUAGUCACAAACUGUGUGGUUUUAAGGGACAUGUGUGUGGGUGGGUGUGUUGUCAUGAUGAAGGAGCAGUGCAGCGCGUGUUCAAAUUUUCUGUUGAGAUCUCCUGGCAAACUCCAUAACGGCGACAAUCUGCAUGGAUGAAUUCUUGAAUUUCUUCAACAUUUUCUGUGUUUUGCUGGUACUUGGUCGCCCUGGACAUUCAUCAACUUCAACUGACACUUAACCGACCUUGAAACAUAAGUGCCAUUCA